CCUCCAUCUCACCUCUUCUCUCUCCUUACCGCUCGAUGCCUUUUGCGUUCCCCCUUUCCCAACCAAGAUCCUAGUUGAUCCCGACUCUUGGAUCGCUGCGCCUCGCAUCGCUCGGGCUCCGUCUCUUCUCCUAAACACCUUUUAUAACAAAGCUCGGCGGGAACUGCUGGUCUCUCACAGGCUUCAGCUGCAUUCGCCAGUCCCGACCAUGUGAGCUGCUUGCUCUUGGAUCACGACCACACAGAACUCUAUAAUCCCAACAGUAGUCCUUUCUGUUCUUUGGCCCUCAUGCCUUAACCUUUUCUUCUUCCUGCAGGGUCGCCGAGAGUUCCGAUCAAGAAACAGAAAGAAACGAACCGUCGGGAGGUUUCGAGUUCGACUCGCCUUCCAGAUCGCCUUUGCUUUAAGCUUUCGUCAGUGCUCCUGCCCACCGGGACCUGAUAUGAACUAUUAGCCACCCUCCUCCCACCUCCAUCCAUUUCUCAGAUUACCGAUCUUGGCAUCUUCUCUUUUACUGCAUUAGAGUCAUCAACCUGCAUAUUCGCUCGAUCCCAUUCUCGUCGGCGCGCGCUCAUAGUUCCCUUGGCAUCGUUCGCCAAAGCUGCUGUUGCUGCUAUAUUCGAAGAAGACUCGCAUGCCAUCGCCGCACGUCAGCCAGUCAAACUUGAUUCAGCACAUUGCGAUUUCGUCAAACGACCACUGUACAUACACACAAUGAUUGCGAACUUUCAUAACCCGAGGCGACUUCGGACGCCCUUCAUCGCCAUCAUCGUUUUCAUCCUCAUUACAGGAUUUUUCUUGCUCUUCCACCAACCCCUAGUCCAAUAUUUCGUAAUUCCAUGGACAGCAGAACAAUAUGGCGGCAGCUGGAUGAACGACUCUUCACCAAACUGGGUCCAACCAGCUCUCUACGAAGGCCGGCCAGACAAGUUUGGCGAAGCAAGUCAGUACGUGCAGGCAAUCCUAGACCCUAAGAACGGAGGCUUUCCCAUUGUCAACUGCCCAGCGACAAAUCUCACUCGCUACGAAGUCCUGCGGCCUACCAUGAAUAUGAACAAGAGGCACUACUUCUUUGCUCUCGACUUGCGACAGGUUAGAGAUCUCCUGCCUCAGUUGAUAGGAGCUGUUCUGGAAGCGAUGAACGUCAUUGGGCCGGAGAACUGCGCCCUUUCCAUUGUUGAGGGUAUCUCCACCGAUGGUACAUAUGAGACGCUCUACCGCCUGAAAUCACACCUCGACCAGAUGGGAGUUUCCUAUCACCUACAGACGAGCAGCAUUGAUUCCCACAGUGGCGACCGCAUCGGCAAGCUCGCCAAGCUGAGGAAUCUGGCCUUGGAACCUAUGAUGGCAGACGCGGAUGCCUACGACCCGAAGGCGACGAUUAUUUUCCUCAACGACGUUGCUGCAUGCACCGAGGAUAUUUUAGAGUUGGCAUACCAGAAGCAAACGCAGGGAGCCGAUAUGACUUGCGCGAUGGACUACCACUUCCUCCGAUUUGCGCCGCACAAUGGAGAACCCUCGUUCUACGAUUCGUGGAUCUCUCGCGCCAUCAACGGCGACACCUUUUUGCCGAUCCCCGACAGAACACCCAAGGGAGAACAAUGGAGCGACGUGGCGAACAUGUUUUGGAACCACCCGUACUCCCAGGAUCGAUACCUCAGCCGUAAGCCGCUGCAGGUGUUUGCGUGCUGGAACGGAGGCGUUGCGGUGACUGGAGAGCCCUUCCUGAAGAAGCAGAUUGACUUCCGGAGGUCAUAUCAAGGGGAGUGCCAUACCGGCGAGCCAACACUGCUGUGCAAGGAUUUGUGGAAGUUGGGUCACGGCAAAAUCGCCGUCGUGCCGAGCGUCAGCUUGGCAUAUAAUGUGAAAGACGGACGACAAAUCAAAGAAGAGAGGGGGUUUGCGUCGGCCUGGACCAUUAACGAGAACAAUGGAGAGCCACCAAAGAUCAAUUGGCAAGAGGAGCCGCCAGCGAUGGUCAAGUGUAUGCCGACGUUCAGGAACCAAUUCUGGCGGCCGUGGAAUGAAGGUCUGUGAAGAGGCCCAGCUCGAGGCGCUAUAGGAAGGGGGUGGUGGAAGAGGUGGAAUUUUUCAUUGUAG